AGUGACAGUCUCUAAGCAGGGAGGCCGUAUUCCUGCGUGUGCUGAUAACAUGCAGCAGCCGCGCACCUCCCCCAUUCUCAGCUUGCUUCUACUCUCCCUCCUAUUUCGUGUCCGCGGCUCAUGACCGCGCCCCCGUUUCAUGCCCGCGCUCGGCCUCGGUAUCACCCCCGUAAGUUCCACGGAACCGGCAGGGGCCGUAGAAGCGGGCAAGUCGCCCCUUCAUCGUAUUCAGGAACUAACGGGUUCGCCAAGAGACGAAGAAGACGACCUCUGCCAGGCACCCGACACACUUUCAUCGUGGAGCCUCUACUGAACGCCACGGACUCCGAUUCUUUCCUGACCCCGAAGAUUAGCAGCCCAAGCUGUUGGAACUGUGCAGGGAAACAGGAAAAAAAAGAGAGUCGAUAAGGACAUCAAAACAAUUCACUUUUAUACUAACAUGAUGUAGUUGGUCUUGCUGUCUGCAGACUCAAGCCCAGGCUGGCUCAUCCAAAUAAGGAGGAAGCAGGGAGGUGUGUCAGCAUGGAGGAAGGAGGAGGCAGCAGGGAGGACAGAGGAGACAGCAUGGAGCAGGCAGGAAGAGUCUUACCCCCCACAGAUAUGAGGAAGCCACGCCGCAAGUCGCGCAUGGGGGGUGAUGGACGACGGUCUCCCUCUCCCUAUAGCCUGAAGUGCUCUCCAACUCGGGAGACCUUGACAUAUGCUCAAGCACAACGCAUUGUGGAAGUUGAGAUGGAGGGACGAUUGCACCGAAUCAGCAUUUAUGAUCCUCUGCAAAUUAUUUCAGAGGAUGAACUCACUGCUCAAGAUAUCACUGAAUGCAACAGCAACAAAGAAAAUAGUGAAAUGCCUCUUCCACCUCCUUGUCGGAAGCCUGCUUCUAAGGGCAAGAAGCGUGAUCCUUGCUCCAAGCAUGCACCAGGAGCUUCUUCCCUACAGUUACCCCAGCCUAGUUUUAGACUAUUAGAGCAAGUUGCUACAGCUGAUCUUGAGGCCCCUCCUUUACCUGAUACCUUUUAUCGCUACAUUGAACGCACUUCCGAGGAAAUGGACCAAGAUGUUGAGUAUGACCUUGAUGAAGUGGAUCUUGCUUGGUUAGAAAUGGUCAAUGAAAAGAGAAGGAAUGAUGGCCUCUCUCUUGUCUCUGCAGAUACAUUUGAACUUUUGCUGGACAGGCUUGAGAAAGAGUCUUACCUGCAAAGCCGCAGUAGUGGUGCACCACAGUCCUCUAUUGAUGAGGAUGCAUUCUGUUGUGUAUGCUUGGAUGAUGAAUGCCACAACAGCAAUGUCAUUUUGUUUUGUGAUAUCUGUAAUCUGGCAGUCCACCAGGAGUGUUAUGGUGUCCCUUAUAUUCCAGAAGGACAGUGGUUGUGCCGCUGCUGCUUGCAAUCACCCUCAAAUCCUGUCUGUUGUGUACUUUGUCCAAACCAGGGUGGGGCAUUCAAGCAGACUAGUGACGGUCGCUGGGCACAUGUGGUGUGUGCUAUUUGGAUUCCAGAGGUGUGCUUUGCCAACACUGUUUUUCUGGAGCCUAUAGAAGGUGUGGAUAAUAUCCCUCCAGCACGCUGGAAGCUAACAUGCUAUGUGUGUAAACAGAAGGGGCAUGGAGCUUCAAUCCAGUGUCACAAAGCUAACUGUUAUACAGCCUUCCAUGUUACAUGUGCCCAGAGAGCAGGGUUAUUUAUGAAAGUGGAGCCAGUUCGAGAGACUGGUUUGAAUGGUACCACUUUCACUGUGCGCAAAACUGCGUUUUGUGAACAUCACUGCCCCCCAGGGACUCAGAAGGAUACAUGCAAAGAUGAUGAAGAAAAUAAGGUGGAUAUGGAGGAGUCCAGAGAGGAAGAUGAUGAAGGGAAGAGAAAUGAAGAAGAAAAAAACCCUAAAAAGGCAGCUGGGAAGAAAAGUAGGGAGAAGCAAAAGAUCAAGAAGGAGAGAAGGGAACCUGUAGGUCUAAGAGGAUCUGCUCCUGUGAUGUCUGUAAUGUCUAUUCCAUCAUGUAGGCUUAGUAAAAUUUCAAGUGGAGUUUGCCUGCAGAAGAAGACUCAGUUCAUGCAACAUCUACAUAGCUACUGGCUGCUUAAAAGGCAUGCCAGGAAUGGUGUUCCUCUUAUUCGCAGGUUACAUUCACACCUACAAUCUCAAAGGAGUGCAGAACUGAAGGAACAGGAUGAGCAGACCUCGGCAGUAAAGGAGGAGCUGAAGUACUGGCAGAAACUUAGGCAUGAUCUCGAGAGAGCAAGGCUUUUGAUUGAGCUGAUCCGCAAGCGAGAGAAACUAAAAAGGGAGCAAGUGAAGUUACACCAAGCAGCUUUGGAACUACAGCUUACUCCAUUCACUGUACUGCUUCGUACCACUCUUGACCUCCUCCAAGAAAAAGAUCCUGCAAAUAUUUUCACAGAGCCAGUGAACCUCAAAGAGGUGCCAGAUUAUCUGGAUUUUGUGUUGCGUCCUAUGGACUUCUCCACAAUGCGCCAGAAGCUGGAAGGUCAACAGUAUCAAUCCAUUCAUGCUUUUGAGAAUGACUUUAACUUGAUGGUCUCAAACUGCCUGCGCUACAAUUCUAGAGAGACUAUUUUCCACCAAGCUGCCCUGAGACUACGCCAGCUGGGAGCUUCCAUUUUACGUCAUGCACGUCACCAAGCAGAGAGCACUGGUUUUGACCCCCAAACAUGUCUACACCUACCUGAGCAACCCCGAAAUGCUGACUACUACCGUUUCUCAUGGGAGGAUGUGGAUCAUCUACUGCUCCCAGAGAACAGAGCUCACCUUUCCCCUGAGUGUCAGCUGAAAGAACUUCUAGAGAAGCUGGAUAUUGUUAGCAGCGUUCGAUCUAGUGGAGCUCGCACUAGGCGUCUGAGGUUACUUCGCAGGGAAAUUAACAUUUUGCGCUUGAGAUUGGCUCCACACAGCCGAGAACUACAUGAAGGACGCUCAAAUGAUGCAAAGCCAGCUCACCCUCCAAUGUUAGAGCCCACUAGCCCAGCCCCGCCCCUACAAGAUGGGGCACCUCAUGAGCACCCGCCAACCUUGCGGCCUGUAGCUGAGAGCCGCUCAAAUAAGAGAUUAAAGACUUCAUCUCGCGUGAAUGGCUUGGCUUCCCCAUCAGAUGGAGUUGGAAGGAGAACCUCGGUACUUUUCCAGAAGACUAGAAAUGGAGUGAAGAGUGCAGAUGACCAAAGCCAACAACUUUUUCAAAGUGGAAGUGAAAGUGAAGACGACAGGACAACAUUCACACAAUCUAGAGGUGUAACAAAUGGCUUCAAUGUGCAUGCAGAGAGUGGUUCCGAUUCUGACAGUAGUUCUGGUUUCAGUCAGUUAUCUGGCUUAGAUUCCUGUGGAAAUCUGACACCCCCGAAACGCAGCCUUGGGAAGCCAGCACUCUCGCGUGUUCCAUUUCUAGAUGCAAUAAAUGGGGAUUCAGAUUACACAUGUCAAGGAAGUCUCCUGAUGUCUUACAAUGGCUCCAUGGAACUGGAACCACUUCAGCUGGUCUGGGCCAAGUGUCGUGGCUAUCCAUCUUAUCCAGCUUUGAUAAUUGACCCAAAAAUGCCGAGGGAAGGUUUGCUACACAAUGGAAUUCCCAUUCCUGUACCACCUCUGGAUGUCUUGAAGUUAGGAGAACAGAGACACCUAGAGGCUGUGGGCCAACAACUCUUCCUUGUUCUGUUCUUUGAUAAUAAAAGAACCUGGCAGUGGCUUCCCCGUGACAAGGUAAUACCUCUGGGUUCUGAUGAUACAUUGGACAAACUUAAAAUGCUGGAGGGCCGUAACACCAGCAUUCGCAAGUCCGUACACGUGGCAUAUGAUCGAGCUAUGACCCACCGGAGCCGUGUUCGAGGUGCCCAUCCUUUUAUCACCCCUGGAUACCUGUAGCUGAUACAUGUGUCCUUGUGCAUCUGGCGGGUGCCAAAAGAGAGCCCUUCGUAAAAAGUGAAAGAUGACUUGAGUCCAUCUGCCAACCUUGGCUUUGAUUCCUCUCUGCAGACUUGUAAUAUACAACGUGUAAUGGAGCUUACCCUAGUGCCAAAAUGACUUUACUGCAGCUUUGUAAUGCUGUACUAUUUUUACUUCCCUUUUAGUCUCUGGAGGAAAAAAACGCACAAUUUCUCUUUAACCUUCCACCAAAUGAAUUAUAUAAAAAAAAGUGUGUGUGUGUGUAUAUAUAUAUAUAUAUAUAUAUAUAUAUAUAUAUAUAUAUAUAUAUAUAUAUAUAUAUAUAUAUAUAUAUAUACACACACACACACACAGUUGGUUAUGGUGGUAUAGGAGAGGGGUUGUAAAACUAUUUACCUGUUUUUUUGUUUUUCUUUUGGGGGGUUUUUUGUUCCUAAGUUGUUGGGGGUUUUUUAUUUAGAAAAAAUAUAACUGUGCAUCUUACAGAUACACAUACACCCUUAGACAUCUGAAAGAUAUGAAGUCACAAAAGGGUUAAUGAAGUGAGGUAGAGGUUUUAGUGGGACAAGAGUGACCAGGUCCUUUUUAAACAUUUCACAGUUGCUUUAAGUAUGGAUUAACUCCAAUUGUACUUUGUUCGAUCUCUAAUAUUAUCUUUUAACUACUUUUUAAGAGUUUGCUUAAACUUUGUUACAAGUCAUCAUUUUAACCAGACUUAUUUUAAGAAAAUCCAAUCACUAUUUAAUUUUUUAUUCCAGUUACACCACUUCAGAUUCUCGUUUACUAUAUUGUUUCUUUGUAAAUGAAAUUUUAACUAGUUUUAUUUUUUUUUCCAUGGAAAAAUAUCUAGAAAAUCCUUAUACCUUACAUCCAAGAAAUACUCAAUUUCUAACCAAUCUUUGUAGAUACUUGUAAAUUUCUUGUUCCUCAUAUUUUUCUGCUUGGAUUGUUUUAUUGUAUCUGUCACUGUAGUGUAUUGUAAGUCUUUUUUGAAGACUUUUAUUUAAAACAAACAAAAAAGUAUAGAAUGUAUGUAUUUUUGUAGACUGCACCAUUUAGGUGUAUAUUUAGGACUUAAUGGUGGAUGUAGCACUGGGCUCCUCCAGUAAGACCGUAAAAUGAAAUAAAGCUAUAUGUAUUCCAAAGACCACUCUAGAAUAAGAUUAUCCGGGGGGGGGGGGGAUUCCUUGAUUGACGAGGUACAACUAGAUAAAACAAAUGAGUGACAUUUCAAAUUACAUGUGUGUGUGAACAUGUGCGCAUGCAUGUAAAUAUUUUUAUUUAUUUAUCUUUUAUUUUUUUCUGUGGUAAUUUAACAUACAUUUUGUUUUAUGAUUUGUGAAGGCUUAUCUCUAUUCACCACUAAAAGCCCCAUGGGAGCUGUCCUUUUAAGUCUUUGAGGAGGUUUUUUUUAGAAGCUUUUUACUUAAAAUGUUUGAGAAUGCAAAAAUAUAUUUUACUAUGUGUAUUGUUUCUACAUUUAACCCUAUAUUAACAUUCGGAACAGGAGGCAUUUUCUACAAAAUAUAUAAUCUAAGAUGUUCAUAUUCAAUCUAAUUAGGGCAUCACCAAGUUAACAUUGUUAUUAUCAUUGUCAUCUGUUCAAGAAAAACAUUUUUAGAUUUUGUGUAUUACUACUACCACUUAGUUCUAAAAUUAUAUAAAUCCGUUCUGAAUCUCUGAAAGAUACAACUAAGAAUACCUAUUGCAUUACUGUAUUAAUCCAUAAAUCAUAUAGCUUGGACAAAGGUUUUGAGUAAUACAUUUACAUAGACACACUUGCAUUACAAUCUGAAUUCAGUUAGCAAGAGUUCUAUUUCAAAAUGGACACUUUGCAUAAAUAAUUUUAGAAAAUAUGUGUUUGGGUUCUAUAGUAUUGAUCUAUUCUAGUGUUGUAUGGCUUUAGCUUCUUUUAAACCUAGUAAAUAAAUUAAUUGUUUAAGCUUGAAACUUUUUUUAAAAAAUUUUUUUUUAACAUUUAAAAUUUGAUCUGCUCUUCAGCAAUUGUCAGUAGCAGGUAACAGUUCUGUAGGGAUUUAAAAAAUAUAUUGACCACAGUUCUGGACAGCAAUAAGUGAACUUAAUACCUGUUCAGUGGCCCUCUAGGAAAAGACUGUUGUAUAGACGAUAAAAUGCACACAAAGACAAGUUCAUUGGAAUAACAUUUUAGUGUAUGCAUUUUUAUUUUUAUUAAGAAGAAUUACUCCCUUAUCUUGUAUCUAGAGCAAACACACUGAUAUUGUAAAAUAUAUACAGUAUACAUUUGUUUGAUUAAAUACAUUUAAAAAGUAAAACCUUUCACUGAAUAAUACAGUUUAUAGAUAUGCAUACAUAUUAAAAAAAAAAAUACUAUCAAAAUGCAGAUCCUCAGUUACAAAUAACUUUAUGACCAAAUAAUAUGCAGAAGUCAAUUAAGAUAUUAUUCUCUAAUUUAUUUUUAGCAUUCCAUGUAAGUUUUACAGUUCUGUGUUGCACUUUCCCGGCGCCAUAGCAUUUGAUGUAUAGUGGAUAAAUUAUUUUUUAUUUACAAAGCUUUUCUGAAAAUUAAAAUUAAUAUGUUGUCCCUUGAAAUUAAAUUGGAUUGUAUAAUUCAUUUUUCUUGGUGAUAUAUGUUGGGGCUGUUGUGUAUUUUAAUAAAAACUAUGUUUUACAUUUUUACAAAGUCCAGUUUUAAUUCCAAUAUACAAUUCUUGCAUAUUUUUAAAUCAAUUAGUUAAAAGGGACAUCUAAUGAAGAGGUAUAAAGAUUCUGAGGGAUUAAGCUAUCAAUCAAACCACGUCUAUAGUGAAAAGCUCUCCAACCCGAUGCAUAUGAAUAAAUUACCUGUCCAACACUUAGGCUUAUUUAACAAUAUUGUGAGAAUUAAUGCACAAGCUUUUGAUUUUUUUGAUAAUGAGAAUAUCUUAAAAUGUAAUACUCAUUUGUUUUAUGUUCUGGUACCUUUUAAAUGAAGCGAAAAAAAGAUAAAAUUAUUAUUGUUGUGUGUGUAUAUAUGUGUAUAUAUAUAUAUAUAUAUAUAUAUAUAUAUACAUACACACAAAAUUAUAUUAAAUUAUAUAAUUUAUUUAUUCUACAACUGGUAGAACAUGAGCAAUUCAGUUUCUGUAUUCCUGUGAAUUAAACAUGUGAAGAUUCUGUUUUGUCUAAAUUAUCUUUAGGAAAAUGCAUUUUUAGACUUUUGUAGGGAGCACCACAUGUCCUUUUUAAAAUAUACUCUAUAAAUCAAACUAUUGAGCUGUAAAGAAAUAUUAAAAUGUAUGUCUUGUUGUAAUAUUGAUACCCAGGGUAUUAGAAAAUGGGAAUGCCCAUUAUAUUUUAAAGAAAGUGUAUAUCAUCAUUGGGUUCUGGAUCCUAUAUAUAUGUGUUUGUGUAUUAUGAAGCACACAAUGUGUUAAUUUAUUGCAGGAAGUAAAAUUAUUUGCUUUCAAGAAGCUGUGGGUUUAAUGAGCAGAGUUUUAUGCUUGUAAAGAAAAUGGUUAAUUUUAACUACUUAUAAUCUCAUGUCUGAAGUUCUAUUUUCUCGUUGAGAAAUAAAUGUUAUAAUGUAAAUUAAAAGAUUGAAUAUG